GGCCCGAGCGAGUUCCAGGCUAGAGUCGGAGCCGGGAGCUCCGAGGUUGCCUGCAAUGGCUUGCAAGGAGCGUCAGGCGGCAGCGGACGGUGAGGACGCUCCAGCAAGCAAAGUUGGCCUCCCUCGCUGCGGCAAGGCUUCGGGCAGUGGCACCGACCCCGUGGCUUGCGCCCGCUGCGACGAGCCCGUGGAUCGGCAGUCGGGCUUUCGAGGGAAGGCCAGCGGACGCGGCAGUCUGCCGAUGUGCGGCUGCGACCAGUGCUACACGGUGUUCGUUCGCCAUUUCCAGCGGGACAUGGCUUGGCAAGACUACGUCGAGAGGUGCCGUGAGGACGAGGACUUCAACGAGGACUGCGAGAUGAAGAUGCAGGCCGACGUCGAGCCUGCCGCCAGUAUUGACGAUGCUCUCGGUGACCACGGCAGCGUCGAGGUAGAUGUGAUAUACGGCCAGGAGAUCAGCAAGACGUGGAUGCAGUUAUCCAAGGACCACUGGGCUGAUAAGGUCUGCCCGAAGGGGGUGGCUGGCAUGGCGCCUGAGAUGUGCAAGGUGGAGGAGACUCGCGCUGGCUCCGCUACUCAACCAUGUGCGAGCUCGACUGGCGUCAUCUGCCAGCACCCGACGAAGCCCUACACGGAGAUCAAGAACUACACCAGGACGGAAGUACGCAUGAGCACGGUCAAGAUCACGGCCGCGAAAGCGGCAGCCUCAGGGCGCGGUCUCGCUGAGCCCCGCUGGCCCCAGUGCCACGGCGGCUCUUGCGACCGCGAGGGGCUCCACCGCUCGCCGAGCUACGGGCGCGAGCUCAGCGACGCAGGGCAAGUCUUCUACUCCUACGCCGUCGCGGAUCGGGAGGCUUUCGUCAGGUACCUUGGCUGCCUUGGAUUCGCCGGCAGGUCGCCAGCGCCGGGCCACGUGACGCAUCUGAGCUCUGGGCGCAAGGUUGUUCCGAAGGCGACGCAGGGCGCCGUGGCUAACGACAAGACGCGGUGGGAGCAGCUGAAGCAGGACGUCGUCAUCUCUCACAUCCUCGACGGCAUGCCGAAGGGCGAUCGCGUGUACUCCUUGAAGAGGUUCAAGCCUCAGUCGCCCAGCAUCGCAAUCAUGGCUGAGACAUUGUACAAGAAGGCUGAGACGGCGACGCUGCUAGCGAACAGCCUGAACGACAUGAGUUGGGAUCAUAUGUGUGCGCACCUCAAGGUUCUCUCAAACGAGGAGGUCCAAAGCGCCUACAGUUUCUCACAGGACCUGCUCAGGAAGUACUUGCAGCUGGCCGAGCCCUCGAUCGAUCAGAUCACGGAUGCGAUCUCGCCUGUCACAGCUUGCUCCGACGCCUUCAACAUGUACGAGCCCAAGCUCUCCAGCAUUGCGGGGAACAUUGACUCGAUGGUGGCGGUGUCUCAGGAGAUCCUCAUGGACAUCGCGGUGCUUCCUGGCUUGGCGCGGCCCGCCUUGGUCGAGCACAUGCAGGCGCUUGGGGUCAGCUUGACCGACCAGUUCAGUGCUACCAUGCCAGAGUGGAGCGCCAGCGUCAAGAUCUACUUCGAGAAGGUUAGGGGCGUGGGUCUCUUGCUGACCCACUUGGGCAACGACGACCCUGAGACGUUCUCGGACUGCGCUCCGCCUAUGGCAUUGCUGGUGGGUUUGCUGACAGGGGGGUUAUCGGAUCCAGAAUGGCAGUCUCUCUCGGAGGCCUUCGGGAAGCACGAACCAUGGGCCGAAUGGAAGUCUUCGUUUCGACGGGCUGCGUCGACUGACCCCCAAGCUGCCCCGAAGAUGAACGAGCUGAUCCUGAAGCUGCACGCAGCAGACCUCGAUGAAGAUGGCUUGGCUGCUCUUGAGUCUGCGAUCUCGUCCAUCGGCCAUUGGAGGAAGACGUGCCGUGGCAAGGCAUCGUCGACACUGAAACCGGAGCAGGCGGCCCAGGAGACCAGCAAGAGGCUGGCAACUCAGAUCGUCGACAGUUCAGAUGCCCUCGUCAACUUGGGCUUCCUGGGCAAGCUCGAAGUGAUCAUGCACCACUUCUCUGUGGCUGCGGACUUCGCGCUGACCGAGGAUGGUGGUAUAUUGGAGGGUACGUACGUCCGCUUGCUGGACAAACGUAGCGAGGUCGAGAUCUGCAGGAGUGAGGCGAACGCAGACGCUCUGCACGGCACCCUCCAGAACAACAAGAAAGUUGCCAUCAGCGGGGGGGCUGAGAUGGCCGUCAUCGCCAGGACUGCAGCCCUGCUCCACCAGAAGAUCGAGCUGCUGAGGUCGAUCGACGUCGAUGGGCUGGUGCAGCGACCUGAGUUCAGCACGUUGGUCCGCGGGGGCUUGCUGCUGGAGAGCAUCGGAGACCUGCUGAUGAAGACGAUCAAGCACGACGGCGACGGGAGCAACCUCAGGGUAGCCAUGAACAUGAGGGGCUACGAUGUGAGAUCGAACCUGCUGACGGCACAGCUGCUCGAGAAGUUCCAGUGUACGGCGGUGGACCCGAAUGCAGACUACAAGAUGAUCAAGGACGCAUUCGAUGAGCUCGGGCCGUUGAUCAAUACACCCCCUUCGGCGACCUCCGACGAGUUCGACGAUGUGCUCACGGAGUACGACUUCGGCGCCUUCAAGGCGUUCUCAGAGUUGGCGGCCCCUUGGAAGCUCGUUGCCGCUGCUGCUCUGAAGGCGCGCGCCGAGUCACGCGUGGAGGACGCCGCCAAGGCGGCCGACGAGGUCAACGAGAAGCUUGCGGCCAUCGCAGGCGACAUGGCGGACGGCAGCGACUGGCUCGACGGCUUCGAUGGAGACAGCUCCGACUGGGCGGCGCGGCAUGCGCACGCGCGGGCCACGGUGUUUCGCCAGACAGGCAUCAGCAACAAGAUCAAGCCACUCGAGCGGGAACUUCGCGAGAAGCAGGCC